CAGCCAGCCACCAACACCACCACCACCACCACCACCACCAUUCCGGGUUGAGCCACCACCACAGCAGCGGGGAUCCCAAGAGGCACAGGGAUCGCGAGGCGGACGGCGAGGAGCACGAGCUCGACCAGGAGAUGGGCGGCCCAACGGCGCCGGUGGCCAGCGGCGGCGGCGGCGAGGUGGGGCAGACGUACUGCCUCCGCUGGAACAACCACCAGACCAAUCUCGUCCAGAUCCUGCACGCCCUGCACGAGGUGGGCAGCUAUGUGGACUGCAGCCUCGUCGUGGACGACGAACAGUUCCAGGCCCAUCGCGUCGUCCUGGCAGCCAACUCGCCCUAUUUCCAGCACAUCCUCAAGGAUGUGCCGCAGGACCACUGCAGCAUCAUCCUGCCGGGCGUCAAGGGCUUCGAGAUCGCCGCCCUGCUGCAGUACAUGUACACGGGCGAGACGACGGUGACCAAGAGCCAGGAGCCAGAGAUCCUGCGCACCGCCAAGGAGCUGCAGGUCAAGGGUCUCUACGACAACCUCAUGAAGUUCAAUCACCACACCAGCGCCACGCCCACCUCCAGUUCGGGAGCGGGAUCGGGAGUGGGAGCAGGAGUGGGAGCGGGAGUGGGCGUAACCAAGCCCCAGAAUGGCUCCUCCGCUCACCACUCCUCGUCCGUGAUCUCCACAUCCACCCACAUCUCGCCCAGCGCCGCCAUCUCGAGCAGCUGCUCGCCUCCACCGCCGCCGCAGUUCGGCUUCCAGUCCGGCUACGGCCACUAUCCGCCGCAGCUGCCGUCCAGCCAAGUGGCGGCGGGCGAAGGACCACUGACCCCCACCCAGGCCACGCCCCAUUCGGCGGCGCCCGCCUCGGGGGCGGGAGAUGCAGCCGGCGGCCAGUGGCCACUGACGCCCUCCGCCGCCGCCGCCAUGCUGAACUCCGUGUACGAGUCCGCCGCCGACAUGAAUCCGCUCAAGCGCAAGAAGCUGUCGGCCAUCUCGAGCAUGCUGCUCAGCGGCAGCCGCGACACACCGAUCCUGCGCAACGUGCUGGCCCAGGCCAAUCCGGCCGACUCCUCGCAACCCGGACCGAUGCCCAGCAACGGGGAGAAGACGCCAACGCAUCCGCACCAGGGCAGCGGUCAAUUGACAGCCGGAUUGGGUGUGAGUGGCGGCGAACGGAAUCAUAGCUUCAACGGAUCGGACUACGGCGGCGACAAGGAGCCGCUGUCGCCGUACACGGACCGCUCCUUCGAGGAGGAGAGCGGCCAGUCCGGCGGCAAGAAGCCGGAGUGGAAGCGCUACAAGCAGUACACCCGGGCGGACAUGAUGUGCGCCAUCCAGGCGGUGCGCGAAGGGAUGAGCGCCCUGCAGGCCAGCCGCAAGUACGGCCUGCCCAGCCGCACGCUCUACGACAAGGUGCGCAAGCUGAACAUCACCACCGGCCGUGGCACCCAUCGCACGCCCAAGCGCAGUCCGCCCGUUGCCGAGUCCGCCCAGGGAUUCACUUACUCCGCGGCGGCCGCAGCUGCCGCCCACAACUAUGGGCACGGACAUGGUCACGCCCAUGGCCAUGGCCAUGGAGGCCAUCUCACGGAGGCGAAGCGUGACCCGAAGGCGGACCAUGUGCCCGCCCACCACGGCAUGCCGCCCACCAUACCGCCGUCGGCGGCCGCCCUUUUGGACCACGCCUUCCUGCAGCAGGCGCUGGAGAACCGCGGCGGUGACAUGGCCGGCCGCGAAGCGCUCCACGCCAUGGCUUUGGCCGCCGCCGCCCAUGCCGCCGCCAACCGGCUGUCCAGCAGUCCGGCGGAGCCGGACCAGCGCUCCAAUGGCCAUGGCAUGCGCUCGCCCAGUCCGCAGGCACGGCACUACCCGCACGAGCAGGAGGCCUUGGAUCUGGAGAUGCACGAGAAGCACGAACCGAGCCUGAUCAAGCGGGAGCGUGACCAGGACGAGCGCGAGGAUGCGGACGACGAGGAGGACCACGAGCAGGAGCAGGAGCAUGUGGAGGACCUCUCGCUGGCCAGGAAGGAGCGUCCGCCGUCGCCCUAUUCGCCCCAUCCGGCCGAGGGAGCCGGCGUGAUCAUGCACGCGGGCAGUGCGUCCGCCAAUGGAGGCAAGGAGCUGGAGGAUUACCCCGCCUCGCCGCCAUUCGUGGCCAUGGGUUUGAAGCGGGAGCUGCUGGAGGGCGAGGAGGCCCAGGCUCGGGCCGACUGAUUGACGCUCACCAUGGCCUGGCAGUAUCCAGCGGACAGCCUCGACUCCGUGGAUUAGGCCAGGCUCAUUCCUUUGACCCAUUAGAUGCCCAUCCACCCAAUCCUUGUGUUACUUUCCUUAAACCCAUCGGCCACUCGAAUCGGGAGCCGAGCAGCGUUGGUGAAGCUUUAAACGAACGAAACCUCAUCCCAGUCGUUGUGGGAGUCAUCCGCACCAGCACCUGGCCACCCAUCAACCAGUCCAAAAUCAAAUCAAAUCAAUGCCACACUCUAAAAUUAAAUGUUGUCAGCAUCACUUUGUGCCUAAAAAAAAAACUAGAAAUGUUAGGUUAUGUUAGGUUUUAGGUUAGGUUAGGUUAUACUGCAGAUAUCUUAGGCCAUCUUUGGAAACCAGCUAGUUGUAGGCCCCCAAGGAGUCCAUCCAGGCCGCAGAUCCUGGCCAACUUACAUGAGACUGAAGGCACGGGAUCGGCAUCCGGAUGGGCGACUUGGGAACAGAGCAGAAGAGGCUCCCAUCGGAAGCGGAAGCUACCACUUUGUACAACUUUGUUAAAUGCCAGUGAUUUGUUUUAAAAAUUAUUAGCACUAGAUUAUUUAUAACGACCAGUAUGUGGAUGUACGCAUGUACGAAUGUACAUACGUGGCCUUACGUUCAUCAUUUUUGAGGCGAGGAGGUGGGAACAGAUCAAGUACUUGAAUACAAGAACACAACUACCUCAAAUAGCGCAUCCUUGUUAGCCCCAUGUUAUCCUGUUAGCGAUAUAUAUAUGUAUGUAUAUGUAUUUAGUAAUCGUCCUGGGUUGAAUUUAUAAGACUGAUAACGACUCAAACGUACCACGAGCAAGAGCACACGCAUUAAAAACUAUAUUACAAAUAACAAAGCAAACUAUAUGUAUGUAUGUAUGUAAACUUAAAUACGAAUCGAGAUCCUUGGUUAAAUAGAUGUAAGUUUCAGAUUUCAAAUUGAUUAGUUCUAAGCCACCAACUUAACUUAAGCACUACAACUAGACUAUUUAUAAGGCAAACGAAGCAAAACAAAA